GUGUGUGUGUGUGUGUGUGUUUAAAGCUCACCAACUAUUGUUGGUAUUAGUGUAUUUUAUGUGUGGCCCAAGACAAUUCUUUCUCUUCCAUUGUGGCCUAGGGAAACCAAAAGAUUGACAACCCUGAUUUAUACGUUUUUUGAAAAAAUUCCCAGCACAUAGCAUAGCAUGUGGCACACGACUGUCAAUGAAACAAAUAGGUAUAGGGGGUCAAUUAUAAAGGGAUGAAGUGAGUCAUCAAAAUUUAUAAUAACUAGAAAACAGGAUGUUUCAUUCAGUCUGUCGCAACGUAAGACAUUAUUAAUUUUCAAAAACUGAUAACAGUAAAAAAAAAUUCAUCUUCACAGUGCUUUCCAAAUUUUAAAGCACUUUCUCAUAUUAUCUCAUGGGUUUGUCAGCAGCUGGGAGAGCCUUAGGGACAUUUUAAAUAAGAAAUCUCAUUUACUUUUUCUUUGGUGAUUGAUAUACUUUAUGUAAGUCACAUUCUACCGUUGGCUAUGCAUGUUGUAGAAUGCUUACCUUUGACCUACUUAUAGCACAUUUUGUGUCAUAGUGGAUGACGUAGUAGAUGAAAGUGAUGACAACGAUGAUAUUGAUGUAGAAGCUGAAAAUGAAACUGAGAAUGAAGAUGACCUAGAUCAAAAUUUUAAGAAUGAUGAUAUUGAAACAGAUAUUAACAAACUAAAACCCCAGCAAGAACCGGGACGAACAAUAGAAGAUCUAAAAAUGUAUGAACACCUUUUCCCUGAGCUUGUUGAUGAUUUUCAGGACUAUGAUUUAAUCUCCAAAGAACCAAAGCCUUUUGUAUUUGAGGGAAAAGUACGUGGUCCUAUUGUUGUUCCUACAGCAGGCGAGGAAACAUCUGGGAAUUCUGGCAGUUUAAGAAAAGUUGUAAUGAAGGAGAACAUACCUUCUAGAGGAGAUGAAGGUGAAAAGAAGUCCACCUUUAUGGAUCUGGCAAAAGAAGAUAUUAAAGAUGAUAGAACAUUGCAACAGCAGCCAGGUGAUCAAAAUAGAACUAUUUCAUCAGUUCAUGGUUUAAACAAUGAUAUUGUGAAGGCCUUGGACCGAAUUACAUUGCAGAAUAUUCCUUCUCAAACAGCCCCAGGUUUUACUGCAGAAACGAAGAAGGACUGCAGUCUUCCUCUCACUGUCCUUACAUGUGCUAAAGCAUGUCCACAUAUGGCUGCCUGUGGAAAUGUCCUGUUUGAGGGAAGAACAGUUCAGCUAGGGAAGCUUUGCUGCACUGGAGUUGAAACUGAAGAUGAUGAAGAUACUGAGUCAAAUUCAUCAGUAGAACAAGCAUCAGUUGAAGUACCUGAUGGACCAACACUCCAUGACCCAGACCUCUAUAUUGAGAUUGUGAAAAAUACAAAGUCUGUCCCAGAAUAUUCAGAGGUGGCUUAUCCUGAUUAUUUUGGUCACAUUCCACCACCAUUCAAAGAGCCUAUUUUAGAAAGGCCGUAUGGUGUACAAAGGACAAAAAUUGCUCAAGAUAUUGAAAGGCUAAUACAUCAGAGUGAUAUCAUAGAUCGUGUGGUAUAUGACUUAGAUAACCCAAAUUAUACCAUCCCAGAAGAAGGAGAUAUUUUGAAAUUUAACUCCAAAUUUGAAUCUGGGAAUCUGCGUAAAGUAAUUCAAAUUAGAAAAAAUGAAUAUGAUCUUAUUCUGAAUUCAGAUAUAAACAGCAAUCAUUACCAUCAGUGGUUUUACUUUGAAGUGAGUGGAAUUCGGCCAGGUGUUGCUUACAGGUUUAACAUCAUUAACUGUGAAAAGUCCAACAGUCAGUUUAAUUAUGGUAUGCAACCACUCAUGUAUUCGGUUCAGGAAGCAUUAAAUGGCAGACCAUGGUGGAUUCGUAUGGGGACUGACAUUUGUUACUAUAAAAAUCAUUUCUCAAGAAGUUCAGUUGCUGCAGGUGGGCAAAAGGGAAAAUCUUACUAUACAAUUACGUUUACUGUCACUUUUCCACAUAAAGAUGAUGUUUGCUACUUUGCUUAUCACUAUCCAUAUACAUAUUCAACUUUACAGAUGCAUCUUCAAAAAUUGGAAUCCGCACACAAUCCUCAGCAAAUCUAUUUUCGGAAAGAUGUGUUAUGUGAAACCCUGUCUGGAAACACCUGCCCCUUGGUGACUAUAACAGCAAUGCCAGAGUCUAAUUAUUAUGAACAUAUCUGUCAGUUCAGAAAUCGCCCUUAUGUUUUCUUAUCUGCUCGGGUACAUCCUGGAGAAACUAAUGCAAGUUGGGUUAUGAAAGGAACAUUGGAAUAUCUCAUGAGCAAUAACCCUACUGCUCAGAGCUUACGAGAAUCGUAUAUUUUUAAAAUUGUGCCUAUGCUAAAUCCAGAUGGUGUCAUCAAUGGAAAUCAUCGCUGUUCUUUAAGUGGAGAGGAUUUAAAUAGGCAGUGGCAAAGUCCAAAUCCGGAUUUACAUCCUACGAUUUACCAUGCUAAGGGGCUGUUGCAAUACUUGGCUGCAGUGAAGCGUUUACCUUUGGUUUAUUGUGAUUAUCAUGGCCAUUCCCGAAAGAAAAACGUAUUUAUGUAUGGUUGCAGCAUCAAGGAGACAGUGUGGCAUACCAAUGAUAAUGCAACUUCAUGUGAUGUUGUGGAAGAUACGGGAUACAGGACAUUGCCUAAGAUACUGAGCCAUAUUGCCCCAGCAUUUUGCAUGAGCAGCUGUAGCUUUGUAGUGGAAAAAUCUAAAGAAUCCACAGCACGUGUUGUAGUUUGGAGGGAAAUAGGAGUACAAAGAAGUUAUACCAUGGAGAGUACUUUAUGUGGCUGUGAUCAGGGAAAAUACAAGGGUUUACAGAUUGGUACCCGAGAAUUGGAAGAGAUGGGAGCAAAAUUUUGUGUUGGUCUUUUACGUUUGAAAAGACUGACAUCUCCACUAGAGUACAAUCUGCCUUCCAGCCUGCUUGACUUUGAAAAUGAUUUAAUUGAAUCAAGCUGCAAAGUAACUAGGAACCUUGGCAGCUCUGAACUUCAGUUUUUGCCUCCAAUCCUUUGAAAUUGCUGACAGCUCUGAUGACUUCUCUGCCUCUAACAGCUGCCCUUGCUUGGCCUGGGUUCCACUGGACUUUGCUCCACGUACCUUUUUUUCUUUGCUGAUUUUGCUUUGUAUCCUUUCACUGUAAUAAGCUGUAACUGAAUUUGACUGUGUGCUGAGUCCUGUGAGUCUUCCUAGCAAAUCACUCCCUACAGUGGUCUUCGGACCACUGAUAAGCAUGUUCAUUCUGAAUUUCUGUUAAGAUUGGUUGUCCCAGAGAUUCUAAUGUUCUGCUGAGAAUGAUCAGAGACAGAUAGUACUGUGAUCCUUUUAUGGAUGUGUGCAGCUGAGGCUCAGAGGGAGAAAUUUACUUGAGGCCAUCCAUCUAGAAAUUCCUGUCAGAAUCAGGAAUUGGAUUGAGGUCUAACUCUAAAAUUCCCAUUCCUUUAUUGUAUCUUGUAUCCUCCAAGUAUAUAACCAAAAUUACUAAAAGAUAAUGGUUUCAAUUUUUGAAAUGCUCUUGUAUAAUUUGGAUAAUUUAAUCAUUUAACACUUACAUUAUGUGUAAGUAAUGUUUUAGAUCAAUGACAAAAUAAGUUGGUGCUUAGUGACAUAGUUAAUUGCUGCUUCCCAAAGCCAGCUUAGUCAUACAACUGCUCCUUGACUUACAGUGGGAUUAUGUCACAAUAAACCCACCGUAAGUUGAAAAUACUAUAAGUUAAAAACCUAUUUUCUACACCUAACUACUAAACAUCACAGCUUAGUCUAGCCUACAUUAAACAUACUCAGAACACUUAAACAGUAGCUUGCAGUGGGCAAAAUCAUCUAAGGCAAAGCCUGUUUUAUAAAUAAACUGUUGGAUAUCUCCAGUAAUUUAUUGAGUAUUAUACUGAAAGUAACAAAACAGAAUGGUUUUGUAGCACUGUCAAGUCAAAAAAUUGUAAAUGGAACUAUUACAAGUCAGAGGCUGUCCAUAUUUUUUUUUUAAACAAAAGUACAAAUAAAUUAGCAAUUUUUUUUUCAAAUAGAAAAAUAUUCUCGUUGGAUAUUUUGUAUGCUAUUUCUUUGUGUGUAUGCAUGUAUGUCUAUGUGCUGUAGCCAUUUAAACCUGACAAAAAUUGUUACUUGCAUUUUCUCUGGAUAACUUUGUUUACUUUGUGAUAUUUGGGAGAUGUUAUAUUUAUCUCUCACAAGAUAGGAAUAAAAUUUUAUAAAUUAUAUAAAUGAAAUACCUCUGGUAUUUGUACAAAUAGAAAGAUUUUCUUUCACCCUAAAUCUGACAUUUCAAUACAAGAAAAUAAGAUACAAUCAGCAAUUCACAAAUUGCUGAUAAUUUAGACAAUGGCAUAUUUUUCUGUGCAUCAUUUUCAAAAAGUUUUCCCUCAUGAUAUUCCAACUCCAUGGGCAGUGGUUUGCUUUCAUUGUGCCUGUUGUAGGUCAUGGAGCUGAAGAUCUACAUUCUGGUGUCUUGGAUGGCAAAUGAGCUCUUAUGGAAAGAGCCUAUAUUUGAGAGAGAUGGUGAAUUUUUUAGGUUUAUUUUUAUUUUAUGCUUAAUAGCUUAACAUGAGGGUAGCCAGAAAACUUUCUGAAUCUGCAUAAAGCAAAAGUUUUUUUCUGUUCUCUUUAGAAAUCAGUUGGAAUUAUAAACCUUUUCUGCAUCAUAAUGACACCAUACAGCAGAGAAUUUCAAUGCAUUCAUCCUGUGAGAAAGGCUCUUUGGGUGACAGUUUUGAUGUUUUUCUUUAAGCAGCAUAAACAGGAUUUGGUUUUGGGCUAAAAUACUGUUUUCUUUAGAAUGAAAUGUUUCUGAAUUGCUUUUGGCUUAGUCUAUUCAGAGUAGAAGGAGAAACGUUAAGGCAGGUGUACAUAGGGCAGCUGUCAGAGGAGGAAGCAGAACCAGGCAAAAGGAGUAAACAUGUGAAAGAAAUGGGGGAAGCCAGGAAACAAUGGCAUUAAAACAAAGUAAUCAUAAUGGGAAAUCAUUAAGUACGUUAGACUUUCUUUUUCUUAUGAGUGUAAGAAUUUUUGGACUCUUACCUGCUUAUGUAAAGCGAUUAUUUUAUAACCUUAGGGCGAGUGUCCUUGAAGUCUUUUUUUUUAAGUGAAGGUUUUGUGAGAAUCAUAGGAAAUAAUGUCUAUGAAAGCAUUUCCUAAGUUGUAAACUGCUCAAAACCUAUGUUGAAAUUAUUAAUAAAAGCAAAGAUGAAUUGCUGUGA